UGGCUGCUCGCCCGGUAUCUGGCCUCUCCGCUGCCGCUGCUCCGCCUCGCUCCUCUCCCCGGACCCGAAAACCUCCUGCCUCAGCGUUCACCACCUCCCCUCUUCUUUCCCGGCUCCCAGACCUCCUCUUCCUCCCUCCCGGUGAAUGCACCAGCGCCAGAAACAUGACGGGCAUCGCCGCCGCUUCUUUCUUUUCGAAUUCGUGCAGGUUCGGGGGCUGCGGUCUGCAGUUUGAGUCUCUGGCCGAGCUCAUCGUCCACAUCGAGGACAAUCACAUCGACACAGAUCCACGGGUCCUGGAGAAGCAGGAGCAGCAGCAGCCCACCUAUCUGGCCCUGAGCUACAUCAAUAGAUUCAUGACCGAUGCAGCGCGCCGGGAGCAGGAGACCAUGAAGAAAAAGGUCACGCCCAAACUGUCGCUGUCCAUCGCGGGCGGGGUGUCUAGAAACAGCACGGCCACACCCCCUCGACACACAAGCGGCAACCUGACGCCUCCUGUCACCCCCCCCAUCACCCCCUCCUCAUCAUUCCGCAGCAGCACACCUACAGGUACGACAGGCAGCGAGUAUGACGAGGAGGAGGUAGACUACGAGGAGUCAGACAGCAACGAGUCGUGGACCACAGAAAGCGCAAUCAGCUCCGAGUCCAUCCUCAGCUCCAUGUGCAUGAACGGGGGCGAGGAGAAGCCGUUUGCGUGUCCCGUCCCCGGCUGUAAGAAGAGGUACAAGAAUGUGAACGGUAUCAAAUACCACGCCAAGAACGGCCACCGGACCCAGAUCCGCGUGAGGAAACCUUUCAAGUGUCGCUGUGGCAAGAGCUACAAGACCUCGCAGGGUUUGAGACACCACACCAUCAACUUCCACCCACCCGUCUCCACCGAGAUCCUGCGCAAGAUACAAGGCUAGAGCCUGCGACCAAUCAACAGGCCCGAACACAGGCUAACCCUGACUUUACUUUACCCCUCACACUAAAGGAUCAAGUGCAUGCUUUAAUUUUUAUUUUAUUUUUCUUUGCAUAUCUUAUUAUUUUAUACCCAUGUUACAUCACUCGUAUUUUUUUUUUAAAUGUACUUUUGUAGCGUUUUUAUCAUUGUAUAUUUGCACAUUCGUAUAUGCUAUCACUUUUGUUUCUUUUCAGUUUUACUUACAUAAGGUGCUAACUGUAAAACAACAAGAAAAGGCCAAAAAAAAAAAAA